ACAUCUCUUAAAUUAGCAUAUUUCGUUUCUAGUGUGUGCUGUUGCUCACACGUCUGAGAAACUGUACGUUUAUACUUAAUGGAUGACCCGUGGGCAUCCACCAAGGAUGAGAAUUACAUAUCGUCCACAGAUUCAAUGAAUGUCGUUCAAGGCUUUGACAAUAACUUUUGCCCAGCUGACCCAAAAGACGUCGCCUCCAUAAACGCAUCAUCUUUCCAGCCUCUUCCCGAUUCUGAAAGCUAUUUGGCGAAUUUAGAAUCCAAGUUGGGCAAACUUCACAAGAAGUCAACCAAUAGCAGUGCUGAGAAAAAGGAUUUGCUCUUGUCUUUGGCAGGGGCCCGUGAAGGGCAUAUUGAUCGCUUGUUAAACACUCAAUUCUCUCAGUGGCAAGGAAUUUGUGACGACAACUAUUUCGACAAUCCCGUUGAGGAAUCUCUGUCAGGGACAGUGAUUAGACACAUAGCACCUCAUUUACAAGCUGUUUCUACUGGAGAACGGGUACACCUUUUAAAGGCUGAUCAGUUGCAAGAAGCUAAAGGCGAAGAAACUACUGAACCAGAAACCAAUCAUGAGUGAAAGUGAUAGUGUAUACAUGAACUUCUCAAGUAUGGAAGAUCCUGUGUCAAUGACAGAGUACUGGAACAAGAAAACCUUUGCUGUAGUGACCGGUGCCAGCCGUGGUAUAGGGAAGACUCUGGCAGAGAAAAUUGCUAAACAAAUAGCUGCUGAGUCUGUCCUUCUACUGAUUUCCCGUGAUGAGAAAAGUUUAGGUUCGUUAAAGCAAGCCAUCGAAACCGAUCGACCGGCAGUACGCGUUUAUGUUGGCGUGACUGACUUAUCCAUCUGUGACGAAUCUGCUUUGAAUGGUCUCGUGUCAGCUGCUCUUGCUGGCGAUUCAACUGAAUCCUUUGCCCACGCACUGUGCAUUCACAACGCCGGAUCGCUAGGCGACGCUACCAAGCGUUGCAGCGAUCUAACGCAAACGACUUCGUGCGUUGAUUACUUUCGACUCAACGUUGCUUCUGUGGUCGUACUGAAUGCGAUUUUCUUACGUCAUUUCGCCGCGGGAAAACAACAGCGCAAAACGGUCGUCAACAUGUCUAGCCUUUGUGGCGUGCAACCGUUUGCGUCUUUAUCCCUCUAUUGCAGCGGCAAAGCUGCUCGGGACAUGUUUUUCAAGGUUUUAGCUAAAGAAGAGCCCGAAGUUCGAGUGCUCAAUUACGCACCCGGCCCUGUGGAAACGGGCAUGCGAAGUCAGCUUCUCGAUCAGUCAUGGAUUGACGAAAUCAAGUCGGGCGGUCUCGGCCUCACGACCACAGCAACGUGCGACCGACUCAUGGCUCUUUUAGCUCGUGAUUCGUACGCCUCCGGUGCUCACGUCGAUUACUAUGAUUCAUGAAUGAUGAAGCCGUGACGUUCACGACAUUCCCACAAAUCGAGCCAGACCUAUCUAUCUGUCUGUCUCCCACUGAUUUCUUUUGUGUUUUGUUCGCUUUUCGAUGUUUGCUGUAGAUGUGCUUUGAUGGAG